AUGGGCAAAGAAAACCAAACCUAUUUGACUGAAUUCAUCUUGCUGGGGCUUUCUUCAGAUCAGCAUACUCAGGUCCUGCUGUUUGUGGUAUUUCUCAUCAUCUACCUACUGACUGUAUCUGGGAAUCUGCUCAUCAUAGUCUUAGUUAAUGCUGACUCCCGACUUCACACUCCCAUGUACUUUUUCCUUAAAAACCUGUCUUUUGCUGACCUCUGUUUCUCUACAAGCAUUGUUCCUCAGAUGCUACUCCACUUCCUGGUAAUGAGAAAGACCAUUUCCUUUGCUAGAUGCUCAAUUCAGAUGGUGUUUUUCUUAGUAGCCGCGGCUACAGGGAGUUCACUUUUAGCAGUGAUGUCCUAUGACCGCUAUGUGGCUGUCUGCAAGCCCCUGCACUACUCCACCAUCAUGACCCAGAGGUCUUGUGUCCAGCUGGCCAUAGUGUCCUGGGUCAGUGGGGCAUUUGUGUGUCUGGUAGAUGCCACAUUUACUUUGUGUCUCCCAUACCAGGGACGAAAUGUAAUUAAUCAUUACUUUUGUGAACCUCCUGCACUCCUGAAGCUGGCUUCCACAGACACCUACAAAGCUGAGAUGGCCCUCUUUUCAAUGGGCGUGGCUAUCCUCCUAGCUCCUGUCUCCCUCAUCCUGGUCUCCUACUACAAUAUUCUCUCCACUGUGUUGAGAAUGCAGUCGGGGGAGGGGAGACUUAAGGUCUUCUCUACCUUUGGUUCCCAUCUCACUGUCGUUGUCUUCUACUAUGGAUCAACAAUAUUCACCUACAUGAGGCCAAACUCCAAAAAAAUGAAUGAAGGUGAUAAAGUGAUCUCUGUGUUCUACUCAGUCAUAACAUCCAUGAUGAACCCAUUCAUUUAUAGCCUGAGGAACAAGGAUGUAAAGGAGGCAUUUAGGAAAGCAUUUGGGAGAUAGAGCCUCUCAGAUGCAGUGAUCUUUAUAUAUAUAUAAAGAUCAAUUCAACCACAGGUUGCGGAGAUAUUUGCCCAACCAAGGCAUGUAACCUCACAUUCCAGCAAAUGUCUUGAUAUGACACACACUGCCUCCCUCCCAGAAAACUACUGGCUUGAAGAAACUAAUAUUUAGAAGCAACCUUCCUACAUUAGAACUCUCAGACCAGACACCCCUACACCGCCAAUAUACCAUAACUGUU